GUGGGUUUUUUUCCGCGUUUGUGUGUGUUUGUUAAGAUGAGUAAGCAAGUGUGUCUGCAAGACAUACAGACUAUGAGCCUGUGUUCUUAUGCACAUUUCUGCAUAUGUACAUCUAGUUGUAAAUAUACAAGAGUUCUUGCAUAGAGUUCAUCUCCCAUGACACAUACACCACCGUUCAACAGUUUGGGGUCACUCAGGCAAAUUCAUGUUUUCCAUGAAAACUCAUACUUUCAUUCAUGUGCUAACAUAAUUGCACAAGGAUUUUCUAAUCAUCAAUUAGCCUUUCAACACCAUUAGCUAACACAAUGUAGCAUUAGAACACAGGAGUGAUGGUUGCUGGAAAUGUUCCUCUGUACCCCUAUGGAGAUAUUCCAUUAAGAAUCAGACAUUUCCAGCUAGAAUAGUCAUUUACCACAUUAACAAUGUCUAGACUGUAUUUCUGAUUCAUUUAAUUUUAUUUUCAUUGAAAAACAUGAUUUUCUUUCAAAAAAUAAGGUGAUUUCUAAGUGACCCCAAACUUUUGAACGGUAGUGUAUACAGUUAGUAAUGAGAGCAGUUGCUGAUUUACCAAGAAAAAUGGAUCCUUUACUUUUCACGGCAGAUGACAAAUGAGGCAUCUUUUUUCAAUGUAUAGCAUGUUUUAGCAUCUGUAAUGAUUUAACAAAAUAACUAACAUUAGAUGACUUUUAAAUGUUGCCUACUCACUUAAUUUCAAGGGAGAAUCCUAUAAAGCUGUGUUAAAAACUCAUUCAUCAUUAUCAUAAGACUAAAAGUCUUAAGCUGCAUAACCCAGUAAAUGGUACAUACACAUGUUUGCAGAUGACAACAGGGCAGAUAAACACACUACUUAAAGUGAAAAUAAUUUAAUAGCUCAGUGAUUUGACAAAUCUGUGCCAUAUGACAGAACUGCCAUUUUGCUGUGUUCACACACACUCAAAGAAAUUAACUGUGGUAUCACUAUCUUUAAAUAGUUUACACCAUUUGAAUCAUGAGACUUUGUGCUUUCAAAUGAUGCACAAUUUGUCAGAUUCAAUUUUGAAAUGGCUGAUACUAUUCAAAAUGAGUCUUUAAGGGAUAAUUUAGUUAGUAUACCUUUGUUGUUGUAUUUCUCUAUAACUCUAUAAAUAAAGUAUCUCUUCCUAUAGCCCAGUUCACAUCACUUUAAGAUUUGGAGAAAUCCGUCUUGAAAGCCAGGGUACUCUUACAUAUAACUGAAAAGGUAAGAUGGUUUAGUGUACUGUGUGCCAUACAUGUUGGAGUGAAACAAAUAUUACUCAACUAAAAACAUAAACAGUCAAGUUUAAAUCACAGCAGUAGUAAUUUAAAGGUCCAGUCUAGCAAUAGACUGAGCUGCCCUCAUUUUUAGUCAACAACUAAAAAUUCCAGACCCUGCAGAAUGCAAGCAGUUGCUUCUUUUCAUUAAACUCUGUCUGGUAAAGCACACUUUGACGUAAACAGUAAAUGAAUAUGUGAGAACACUGAACUGAGAAUCGUCAGACCUCAUAAUUAACCCACCUUCUGACACGUGCAUGAGCAUUCAUGAGUUUUUCUGGGACUGAAUACACGUGUGUGUGUGUGUUCAGUAUGUGACGCACAUCUGUCUGUCAGUUUAGACGUGUCUUUUUAUAUGCAUACAUGAUUGUGUGUGUGUGUGAGUGCAGGAUUAAUUCCAGGUGUUAAUUAGGCCUGAUGAAAGCUGGAGGUGAGCAGAUCAUCAGACAGACACAUUAGUUUUCCGUGCCAGGCUCCUACUCUCUCUCCAUUUCAGGAAUCCUAUUUUCUCAUGCUUGCGUCCUGUCUCCCCCCAUUCAUCAAAUCCCAUUUUUCUCCCUCAGCUUCUCCACCUGCCUCCUUUUCUCUUGUUAAGACACUGCCAUCCAUUCGCCACCUCACCCCACCAUGCCCAAAUUUCCCCUCUCUUACCUUCCUUCCCUCCUUUGGGGGAGAGAUAUUUUUAUCAUCAGCCACCUGUGAGAGCAUAAUCAUUCUGCAUUAUUAAUCACUCUAUUCUGCUCCCAUGACUCUUCCACUUACACAUCUAUCUAUGUAUCUAUGUAUCUAUCUAUCUAUCUAUCUAUCUAUCUGUCUGUCUGUCUGUCUGUCUGUCUGUCUGUCUGUCUGUCUGUCUGUCUGUCUGUCUGUCUGUCUGUCUGUCUGUCUGUCUGUCUGUCUGUCUGUCUGCACCUUUGUUUUUCUGUCCUCCUGAAAAGAAUGAAAAAGCAAGCAAGCAAGAAAGAAACUUGCCGGAGAGCAGAAAUCCGGUGAAAAGAGAACAGUUGGAACUGCAGUCGGCUCUCAGUGGGUUGGAUUGAUUGUGAUUACUGAGAGAACAGCAUGUCUGAUGGAGCAUACAGAGCUAAUAACAGUGAGGGCCUGGCAAAAGGGAGAGAAAAGGUGAGCGGAGGCCAGAAAAAAGAGAAGUUGAGAUAGGCUGGUUCUCUCUUCGGCCAUUCAUUUUUAACCCCUCCACCCCUCCUCCCAUGCUGCUCACCUGCUCACCCUCUUUCUGCGCACACACAAAAAAUAUCUUGUAGACACGCAGCACAAGCCAUGUCUGCCCCCGUCUAGCUGCAUUACCCCGCUAGUCUGGGCUUCAUUUGAUUUCACUGAAGGCCGCAGCACUUUCCUGAAGGCAGAUUGAACAUGGCUGUCACACCUGGUACCCCAGAAUCAGGACACACUUACCUGAGUGUGUGUGCGUGUGUGUGUGUGUGUGUGUGUGUGUGUGUGUGUGUGUGUCUGUGUGUGUGUGUGUGUGUGUGUGUGUGUGUGUGUGUCUGUGUGUGUGUGUGUGUGUGUGUGUGUGUGUGUGUGUGUGUGUGUGUGUGUACAUACUUGCAAAGAAAAAUAACCAAACAACCCCACCCCACCCACUCCCCCAGCCAAAAAAAAACCUGGGUGCUUGCUUCUGAAAAUGUAACAGAGCUGCUUAGGCUCAUAAAUGCUAAAGUGAGCGGAGAGCAAAACAUUUUUGAUUUAAGUCUUCAAGCAUACACAUUUGUGCAUCUGUGUGUAUUUGCGUGGAAAGCAAGUAAGCGUGUGCCGCUUUUGUCUGAAACACAGAGGAGAGUUGUGCGCUCAGAACAAGACAGAGAGAGAAAAGUAAUCGAAGGAGUUGAAGUGAGAUGAUGGGUGCAGCUCCCAUCUCGAAGUGUUUGAGGCUGUAUUAGGAUUCAGGCUGGAGUGCGGUGGAGAUGGAGUGUGUCUGGCUGCUUGCGUGGCAGACAGAAGCAGGUGACGCACCUGAAAUUGAACUGCCAUUCUCAAUUCCUUCCAGCCACCCAAACAGACUGGACGUCACACACUCCAGCCGCUCUCGUUUUUGUUCGGAGGUGGAAGUUCAGGGUCAGAAGUUGAAGGUUACGGCAAAUAUAUACAGGACCUUCAAAUCACCACAUCUGCCACGACGUCAGCAUCCUUCUCUUUGUUGGUUCCCUUAGCAACAGAACGUCUAAGCCUACACAAAACACCUCUUUGUGUUCUUAGGUCUUCUUUUAGAAAAACUCGGUCAACCAAACAAUCACUUGUAUCCAGUGUUCUAGUGUUGAUUUUGCUUGAAGAAGCACCACGUGUCAGUGAUAGAAGUAAUAAUAUCUUUGUAAUGCGUCACCAAGUGACUGUCACUGCAAAUAAUAUCCACAUUAUUGAUGUAAGUAGCCUCUUACCAACUUGUACUUUUUCAAAGGCAGUGGGAAAUGUAGGACAACGUGUAUUUAAAAUCUCGUGUUAUUUAAAGUUUAUCUGUCGAAUCCCAUGAGAGACACAUUAAAGUCGAAGAACUGUCAGCUUUUUUUUCAGGGAAAUUGUUUCUUCAAAGCUGUCACUCUCAGUCGAUUCCUGUUUGCCACGACCAACUCUCUGAACCUGAAAGACACAGGAAAUAAACAGACAGGCAGGAAGGUCAGAGUUCAUCUGGCGUCCCAGUUGAAACUAUGACCUGAUCCUGCUGGUCGCCACCACAGUCCCCAUAACAGGAAGGGGUGGACUGACAGCAGGGGAAGUGGACAGGGACGAGGCAGGAGGUGAAGGCACAAGGUGUCCUUCUUCCUCUUCAUUGUGUUUGUUGUUUACACCAUGCUGCCCUUCUCCAUGAGAGGGGCCAUUAUCGCCAGCGGCAUCACCUGUUUCUCACACACUGUCACCCUCAGCAUCUGUCUGACCUCCACUGUUGCAGAACUGGAACCUCUCAUCUGGCAGAUCCUAGCCAAUGUAAUCAUCUUCAUGUGCGGUAACCUGGCCGGAGCGUACCACAAGCACCUGAUGGACCUGGCACUCAAACAGACCUAUCAAGACACCUGCAACUGCAUCAAGUCGCCCAUCAAACUAGAGUUUGAAAAGCACCAACAGGAGCGUUUACUGUUAUCCUUACUGCCUGCUCAUAUAGCCAGAGUAAUGAAAGCUGAGAUCAUCCAGAGGCUGCAGGGACCAAACUCUGGUCGAACUGAGAGCACCAACAACUUCCACAACCUCUACGUGCAGCGGCACACCAAUGUCAGUAUUCUCUAUGCAGACAUUGUGGGCUUCACCAGGCUGGCCAGUGACUGCUCUCCAGGUGAACUGGUGCACAUGCUGAAUGAACUUUUUGGCAAAUUUGACCAGAUUGCAAAGGAAAAUGAGUGUAUGCGAAUCAAGAUCCUGGGAGACUGUUAUUACUGCGUGUCUGGUCUGCCUGAGUCGCUGCCUCACCACGCCAGGAAUUGCGUGAAGAUGGGCCUGGAUAUGUGUGAGGCCAUCAAGAAGGUCCGAGAUGCCACCGGAGUCGAUAUCAACAUGCGUGUGGGCGUCCAUUCUGGAAAUGUCCUCUGUGGUGUGAUCGGCCUCCGGAAGUGGCAGUACGAUGUGUGGUCGCAUGACGUAACACUUGCGAAUCACAUGGAGGCUGGAGGUGUACCCGGGAGGGUCCACAUCUCUUCAGUGACGUUGGAGCAUUUGAAAGGCUCGUACAAGGUGGAGCCUGGAGACGGACAGAGCAGAGAUUCCUACCUCAAAGAGCAUAAAGUGGUCACCUACCUGGUCAUCAACCCAAAGACCGAGAGGCACAGCCCUCUGCUAGGCCUGCGCUCUCGUCCCUCUCUGGAUGGUGGGAAGAUGAGGGCGUCUGUCAGGAUGACCCGAUACCUGGAGUCCUGGGGAGCCGCCAAACCCUUCGCCAAUCUCCACCAUCGAGACAGCAUGACCACAGACAAUGGCAAGAUUAACACGACAGACGUUCCAAUGGGGCAGUACCACUUCCAGAGACGAGAAAGGUCCAAAUCCCAGAGGAGGAGGUUUGAAGAAGAACUCAAUGAACGAAUGAUUCGCACCAUCGACGGCAUCAACUCGCAAAAACAGUGGUUGAAGUCUGAAGACAUCCAGAGGAUCUCACUGUUCUUUCACAACAAAGCUUUGGAAAAAGAGUACAGAUCCACCACAUUACCUGCCUUCAAGUACUAUGUCACCUGCGCCUGCCUCAUAUUCUGCUGUAUAUUCAUAGUGCAAGUCCUCGUCCUGCCCAAAACUGCUGUGCUGGGGAUCUCCUUUGGCCUGGCAUUCCUGCUCUUGGCUUUGAUCCUGCUCCUUUGCUUCGCUGGUCACAUUCUGCAGGGAAGGAAGGGAUCUUUCUGCCCUCUUACGUGGUUCCCAACUUCAUCGCGCAUCAUUGUCACCAAUAACCCCUGGCUACGAUUGGUCCUCACCAUGACAACCACUGCUCUCAUACUGGUGAUGGCAGUCUUCAAUAUGUUUUUUGUGGAGGACCCUGGAGGAUUGAUGGAGGACACCCUGACAACUGCUCCACCUGUCAAUCGAACCAAUGACAGCCUGUUGGACGACAUGGAAGAAAAUACAGGCAAAAACAAAUUUUACCUGCCAUAUUUCAUCUACUGCUGCAUAUUGGGCCUGGUAUCGUGCUCAGUGUUCUUGAGGAUCAACUACGAGCUGAAGAUGGUGGUAAUGUUGGUUGCCGUGGUGAUGUACAACAUCAUCAUUCUCCAGACACAUUCCUCUCUGCUGGAUGGAUUUAGCCAAGCCUUGUACCCCACUGAAAAACUAGAUAGACCAGGCGUCCUGAAGGAUCUAAAGACCAUGGGUUCUGUGUCUCUGUUCAUCUUCUUCAUCACACUGCUGGUGUUAGCAAGGCAGAAUGAAUAUUACUGUAGGUUGGACUUCUUGUGGAGGGACAAGUUUAAGAGGGAGUGUGAGGAGAUUGAAACCAUGGAGAACCUCAACCGAGUUCUGCUGGAGAACGUUUUACCAGCUCACGUCGCCGAACAUUUCCUAGGACGCAACUGGAAAAAUGAAGACCUUUAUCAUCAGUCAUAUGAGUCAGUGUGUGUGAUGUUCGCCUCCAUCCCAGACUUCAAAGAGUUUUAUACUGAGUCUGAUGUCAAUAAGGAAGGACUGGAGUGCCUCCGUCUUCUCAACGAGAUCAUAGCAGACUUUGAUGAGCUGCUGUCCAAGCCGAAGUUCAGCGGAGUGGAGAAGAUAAAGACCAUUGGCAGCACCUACAUGGCUGCAACUGGACUCAAUGUGACACCAGGACCAGAGUGUGCACAGGAACAUGACAGACAGUACAUGCACAUAGGCACGAUGGUGGAGUUCGCCUUCGCCCUUGUUGGGAAGCUGGACGUCAUCAACAAGCACUCUUUUAAUGAUUUUAAACUCCGUAUCGGGAUAAAUCACGGACCAGUGAUUGCAGGGGUAAUUGGGGCCCAGAAGCCUCAGUACGACAUCUGGGGAAACAGUGUGAAUGUGGCCAGUCGGAUGGAGACCACUGGGGUGUUGGGCAAAAUACAGGUAACAGAGGAGACGAGUUGUAUCUUGUCAGCACUUGGGUACAUGUGUUCAUGUCGUGGCAUCAUCAACGUGAAGGGCAAAGGAGAGCUGAAGACCUACUUUGUUCAUACAGAGAUGACCCGAUCUCUGUCUCAAGGGACUGUGAUGCCUUGAGCAUGCCACACUAACUGAACAAAUAGACUCGAGAACAGAACUGCACACUCAAAGUGGCCGUAGAAGUGAUUUGUCAUGCUCUGUAAGUAAAACCCAUUACCAGAAGCCAGCAGUACAAUGGAUAGACAGUUGUCGAAAAACCACUUUUCUCCUUAGCAACACAGUGUAGAUCAGGGCCGAGGUGCAACAGCACAGUCCUUCAAUGCUGCACUUUGGAUGGUUUUCACAUCUCGAGUGUAACAAGGACUUCGCUGCAAGGAGUCUCUUCACCGUCUAAAGGAGUGCCUGACUAAAGAGAGGUUUGCUAAAUUAGUGCAGCUCUCAAGGACCGCAGUCACCCAUCUGUACAGUAGUAGUGGUGUGGAGUUAAUUACCCAUGCCGGUGUUGCAGUGCUUCAGAGCCUUAAACUUGAGCAAACUGAGCUGCCUGCCGAACUGUUUUUGUUUUUUUUGUUUUUUAAUUCUCUGCUAGGUUGGCAAAGUGAGCCAGUUUGUUUCCAUUUCAUUCCAAAUGGAUGUUAGAAUAGUUUAUUGUCAUAUAGAGCUGUCGAUGCCAACAAAUUGCCAGCGUGAUGGGUAGUUUGCCAAAACCUGUGAUUUGUAUUUAUAGCUUUAGAGCUGCGUUUGUGUCCCACACGAGCAGGUGGACUCAGGCACAGGAUCCAAGAGGAAAGCGUAGAAGUUUCUUUUUUUAUAAUCUAUCUGGAACCAAACCAACAGCAUGUGUGUAUACGUUCACUGCCAUCCUUUUGUUAUUCAUUAAACAUUUGUAUAUAAAUUGG